UGCGGCUUGCUCGGUGUUCAGUUUGUAGCGAGACGCCAUGCAAAACGAGACGCGGAGCUUGAACGUCGUCGUCGUCGGGGGCGGCUUGGUCGGAGCGCUGGUCGCGUGCUUUUUUGCUAAGCGCGGGCACCAGGUGCGCCUGUACGAGUAUCGUUCAGAUAUCCGAGUGAAAAGUUCCCGCGGAGUGAGCAUCGACCUCGCCCUGUCGGUGCGAGGAAGGGAAGCCCUAAGAUCCGUCGGACUCGAGGACUCCGUAAUCAACAACCACGGGAUCGCGAUGAAGGGCCGCAUGAUACACCGGAAGGACGGCACCCUCAAGGAAAUCGUCUACGACAGCGUCAACAAAAACUGCAUAUACUCGGUCAACCGCACGUACCUCAAUCGGAUUCUCCUAACUGCUGCCGAAAAGUAUCCGAACGUGAGCUUAUUUUUCAACCGCAAGCUCAUAGAUGGAGAUUUGGAAAAGGGAGCCUUGGUAUUCCUUGACACACGGACCGAAGAGACAAUAGACGUGGAGGCGGAUCUGAUAAUAGGUGCCGACGGGGCGUACUCGCUCGUGCGACGAAUGAUGUCGCGAAAGCCGCGCUUCGACUGCAACCAGACUUACAUAGAUCACGGCUAUGUCGAGUUGUCCUAUCCCGCGGGUAAGGACCAAAAGUACAUAAUGAGCGGCGAACAUCUGCACAUUUGGCCGCGGGGCGAGUUCAUGAUGAUAGCCCUGCCCAACGACGACAACACCUUCACCGGCAACAUAUUUGCCCCCUUCAAGACCCUAGAGUCCCUUAAAACGCCCGAGCGCCUCCUCGACUUUUACCGCAAGCAGUUUCCCGACGCCCUCGAGCUCAUUGGCGAGGACAAGCUCGUCCAAGAUUUCUUCGAGACAUCGCCCAAAACGCUCAUCUCCAUCAAAAGCAAGCCCUACCACUUGGGAAGCAAAGUGUUGAUCAUCGGCGACGCCGCCCACGCCAUGGUACCCUUCUACGCCCAGGGUAUGAACGCGGGUUUCGAGGACGUUCAGCUGUUGGAUCACUUGAUGGAGCUGCACAACGGCAACUUGGCGAAAGUACUGCCACACUUUUCCGAAAUGCGCUGCGAUGACUGCCACGCCAUCUGCGACUUGGCCAUGUACAAUUACGUCGAGAUGCGCGAGCUGGUGACGAAAAAAUCCUUCCUUGCUCGAAAGUACCUGGACACAGCUCUCAACUGGCUGUUUCCGAACAACUGGAUUCCCCUCUACAGCAGCGUCACUUUCACGAGAAUGCCAUACCGCGACUGCAUCACCAACAAAGCUUGGCAGGACAAGAUACUCAAGAGAGCUGCAGUUUGCGUUGGGACUGUCGUGUUCGCGGCGCUAACCGUUCUAACCGUCACCAACGCAUAAUGCGUACACUAUAU